AUGGCAGGCCGACCGGGCGAGAUGGAUCUCUCCGAUCUGUACUUUGGCGUCUUCAUUGGCAUCUUUCCAUUCACCCUCGCCAAGAUCGUCGACCAGACGACCGACAUCCUCAGGGGUACCAGGCGCGGUCUUCACAGUGCGUAUCUCUACAUGGUCUGGAUCGAGCUGGUCGUCAACUUGACUUUCGCCAUCAUCACCUUUCUGUACCUCAAUGACGCCAUUCCUGGCAGCCUCAUGUUUUAUCAUGGCUCCGUGCUCCUGUGGGCUAUUCAGACCCAACUGCUGUCCCAGAUCAUCGCCAACCGAGUUUCGCUCAUCAUGUUCAACAAGCGCAAGUCACGUUGGCUCAGGUUCGGCCUCUUCGUCUCCAUCGGCUUCGUCAACGUCGCCGUUUGGGUCAUCUGGACCCGCGCACACGUCGAGACGGCGACACCGACCGACAUCACCGUCAACAACUACUUCGAACGAGCGGAGAAGAUCUUCUUUCUUGUCGUCGAUCUAAGCCUCAACUUCUACUUCCUCUACCUCGUUAGAACGGGCUUGAUUUCCUACGGCCUAACAAAGUACUGGCGACUGUUUCGCUGGAAUGUUUUCAUGGUCUUUCUUUCCACCACCAUGGACGCCCUUCUGCUCGCCUUCCUGAGCCUACCCAAUCCAUAUCUAUAUGUUCAGUUUGCGCCCGUCGCAUACAUCGUCAAGCUUCAUAUUGAGCUCACCAUGGCUUCGCUCAUAGGCAAGGUGGUGCAGAGCGACAACAACGACCUGGACACGAGCUACGUCGACGAGUCGCGAAUCACUCGAACCGACAGCCACUCAAACUACGUUCCCUUCCCGAGCCGGAGUGGCGGCACGGCAGGAUCACGGAGAGCCAGUGCUCAAAGCCGCCUGGCCGGGAACCAGGGGGACGUGCAUGCGGGAGGCUCUAACCCGUACCUUCACCUGGGCAUGUGUCCCGAAGAAGACAGCGUUAGCAUCUCACGAGAGGACACAACAGCAGCCGUCGUGACGGAAAAUGACAUGGAGAGGGGCGAAGCCGGCUGCAACGAUGGCGGCGACAUUCCAGGGAGCCCGAAGGCGGAGACCAGUUCUGGGACGUGCAGGCCACCGACGACCGACACCAAGUCCGUCACGGGUCACUCCACGAAGGGUGAAGAAGGGGAGAAGGCCGAGUAG